CGUCUCUUCUUUACAUAUUCCAUCUUAACACAUCACAUUUUCACUCUCUCCUUGUCUCUCAAUGGAACUGCCAGUGAAGGGGCCCGUUUCCAGUGGCCGGAGAGUUCCAUAUAGAAUAGAAACCAAAAAUUUGUCCUACAAAUUAUGUGGAAGUACUCCAAGGAGAGCUCCUAAAUUCAUUUUGAGGCAUGUAAACUGUGAAGCAAGGCCUGGGGAGAUCACAGCCAUUGCUGGGCCCAGUGGAGCUGGAAAAACCACGCUGCUGGAGACUCUAGCAGGAAAGAUAUCAUCACAGAGGAAAGUGACAGGGCAGGUGUUGGUCAAUGAUUGGCCUAUGGAUGUCGACCUUUUCAGGAGAAUAUCGGGAUAUGUCAGCCAAGAUGAUGCUUUGUUUCCAUUACUUACAGUACAAGAAACCCUCAUGUAUAGUGCUCUGCUAAGGCUAAGGGGUGGGAGAAAAGAGGCUGCCAUUAGAGUAAAAGAUCUGAUGAAGGAGCUUGGGUUGGAGCAUGUUGCAGGCUCGAUGAUCAGUGGAGGAUCAUCAAAUUGUGGCAUUUCUGGCGGGGAAAGGCGUCGAGUUUCGAUCGGAGUUGAUUUGGUUCAUGACCCGGCUGUUCUUUUGAUCGAUGAACCAACUUCUGGAUUGGAUUCAGCCUCAGCUUUUCAUGUGGUGUCACUGCUCAGAUCAAUGGUAGUAAAUCAAGGUAAGACAAUCAUUUUAACCAUUCACCAACCUGGUUUUCGAAUCCUCGAGCUGUUUGAUCGCAUUGUUUUGCUUUCAAAUGGAUUCGUCAUGCAUAAUGGAUCAUUGAACCUUCUGGAAGAGGGGCUUUGGUUGGCUGGCCAUGGCAUUCCUCCCCAUGUUAAUGUGCUUGAAUUUGCCAUUGAUGUCAUAGAAAGCUUGGUCAUGCAAACUUCAGAAAAUAGUGAAGAAAAUAGUGAAUUCUCCAACAGUGGAAAAGAUAAGCUUCUCUUCUUUCCAAAUUCUAGAUUUGAGGAGAUUUUAAUACUUGGACAAAGAUUUUGCAGCAACAUUUUCAGAACCAAGCAACUCUUUGCCACAAGAGUCAUACAAGCCUUGGUAGCCGGAUUUGUAAUGGGAACCAUAUUCCUGAAUGUUGGCAAUGAGCAAGGGAAAGUUGCCUUACAAACUCGAUUUGGGUUUUUUGCCUUCAGCCUCACUUUCUUGCUAUCUUCCACAACAGAAGGCCUGCCAAUUUUCUUGCAAGAGAGAAGAAUUUUGGUGAAUGAGACUUCAAGAGGAGCAUACAGAGUAUCUUCUUAUGUUAUGGCAAACACCCUCAUCUUUAUUCCUUUCCUUUUAAUGGUUGGCCUUCUGUAUACAACUUCAGUUUAUUGGCUGGUUGGUUUAAGGAAGGAAAUCGAUGGAUUUCUCUACUUUUCUCUGGUGGUUUGGAUGGUUCUAUUGAUGUCCAAUUCAUUUGUAGCAUGUUUCAGUGCUCUGGUGCCAAACUUCAUCAUGGGCACCUCAGUGAUUGCAGGAUUAAUGGGCUCUUUCUUUCUCUUUUCUGGGUAUUUCAUAUCAAAGGAAAACAUACCCAAUUACUGGAUUUUCAUGCAUUACUUGAGUUUGUUCAAGUACCCAUUCGAGUGUUUUUUGAUAAAUGAGUAUGGUGGAGAGCAAGGGAGGACCAGGUGCUUGACAUUUGAGGAAGGACAAUGCAAUUUGAGUGCAGAUUUGUUCCUAAGACAGCAGGGUCUGAAAGAGUCACAGAAGUGGAGCAAUUUAGCUGUGAUGUUGGGUUUCAUCAUUGCGUAUAGAGUGCUUUGUUUUUUCAUUUUAUGGUGCAGAUGUUACAAAACCAGAAGCUAGAUAAACUUUACAGUUUCAGUUCUUUUCUUUUUCCAUUCUUUUUACUCAUU